AUGCCGUCCCCCAGAAUAGCGGGGAGGAAGCGAGGGCGGCCCCCGCUCCAGCCCAAAGUGGCUGUUCACAACCUCUACUCGGCACCAGCUGGUGCUUUGCCGGUCGUGAAGAUCCCAAAGAAGAGAGGGAGAAAACCUGGGCAUAAGCUGAAGUCUCGUGUCCUGAUGACUCCCUUAGCCAUCUCGCCACCAAGAAGCACGCCAGAGCCGGAUAUUAGUUCGAUCCCCCAGGAUGCAGCUACGAUACCCAACUCAGCAACCCCACAGGCUCUCACAGUCUGCAUUUACGUCAACAAACAAGCAAAGCCGGGGCCGUACCUGGACGGAAGGAGAGUGCAGCAGCUGCCAGAGCACUUCGGGCCGGCGCGGCCGGCGGGCGUGUCAGCUUCUUUUGAGGGGAAGCAGCAUCUCCUGAGCCUGCUGGUAGUCAACAGCAUUGGGUAUGUCCUGCGCUUUCUGAAGAAGCUCUGUCGCAGCCUCUUGUGUGACAAUCUCUUCAGCAACCAGCCUUUCCAGCAGUACAGCGCCGUGUCGGAAAGCCCAGAGGUGUAUGAAAACAGACGGAUGGAGGCAGCAGAAACGGUCGUACCUGAGGACUACCUGGUUGAUCCUGCGAACAUGAAGCGGUACACCGUGGAUCCUGCCGAUUCUGCCUUCAGUUGCACGGGCUCCAUGUACACCAUGCGGCAGAGUCCUGCAGAUGAACGUCCUGUUGGAGGCUCCUCUUCCUCCUGUGGUCAUCACCCUGCCCAGAUGUCUUCAGGAGAGUCCUCGUCUACUGGCCUGCGGCAUCAGACCUCCAGCCCAAUGAGGAAUGGGACCUAUCUUGAAGGAAACAGAACCUCAAGUCCUUCACCAGAACGACAAGACGCUGCUCGGCCAUCAAGCAAGAAUCCUUUGACCUGGACGGUGGAUGAUGUGGUUUGGUUCGUGAAGGAUGCAGACCCUCAUGCUUUAGGUCCCCACGUGGAUCUCUUCAGAAAACACGAGAUUGAUGGCAAUGCUUUGCUGCUGCUGAAAAGUGACAUGAUCAUGAAAUACCUGGGGCUGAAACUGGGACCUGCGCUGAAACUGUGUUACCACAUUGAUAAGCUCAAGCAAGCCAAGUUCUAA